UAUUUAAUUAAACAAAUAAAAGAAGAGAGGAAUAAAUACGUAACCAAAGGAAAUGAGUAUUGCCUGGUUUGAUGCGUUUCGGGAAAAUGGGGCUCCAACUUGGUAUGGUGACAACACUCCAACUCCAGUACUAUUUGAUUUGGGUCUAGCAAUAUUAGUUUGGUUAUUUGCAACACCAACAAUUGCCUUUAUUUUAAUAUUGCCAGGAAUUCGCCGUUUACGUGCACUCUCCACAUUUUGUUUUUUAUUUUCAAUGUCUAUAGGGGCGUCUCUAGCCCUUUCUCUAAAUUACCCAGGAUGGCAUUAUGGAGAAAUCAAAAUAUUUACAACCUUGAGAGCACAUUCUAGACAGAGAAUAGAGGCUACUUUGGGUGUUAAUGUUGGUUUAACACAUGUUAAUAUUACUUUAAUAAGUGAUCCUCAGGAACAAUUAUUCCCUUUAAAUACAACAAAUCAACAAAUAAACAGAGAAUUAAAGCUUCCACAAAUUGCAGAAAGUGAUAUUUCUAAAUUAUUAUUUGGGAAUUCUUUGAAUAAUACAAACUUGACUUUAUUUCAAAAUGAACAAAUUGAAGAAGAAUUUUAUUCACAAAAUUCCAAAUUAAUUUAUAAUGAAAGAUUUGAAUUUGAUGAUGUAAGUGGAAUGGAAGUUGGAGAAGUUUUACAGAAGGGUCUUCCUUUCCCUAUACUACGCGUUAUGGAAUAUUUAAGUGUGGACAGAACUGGAUUUUUGUGGGGGAAACAAUAUAGACUAGCUGGGUAUUAUACUAUGGCUGCUUUAUGGUUAGCAUUCGCCUUGUGGUUAUUACAAUUAAUAUUUUUGUGUGCAGUCCCAAGCAAAUUUGGCCAAAUUUCUCUAUUUUGUGGACUAACCUCUUUAUUUGCUGAUUGUGUUUAUGCCUGGUAUACACCUGGGGCAAAUGAUUUUUUCUUAAUGUUUCCAGGGCCAAUAAAUGAUGAUUCUAAUCCACAAAAAUUACAUUUUCAUUUAUCUACUUGUUUUUACAUUAUUUUACUUUCAGGUAUUUUUUAA